UAGAAAAUGUUGAAAUUAAAACAAAAUAUAAUAAAAUGUAUGAAUGAAAUACUAAAAAGCUCUGUUGACAACAAAAAGGAAGACUUGAACAAAAAAAAUAGUAACACAAGCUGUGUGUACUGUCAUGAACCAACAAAUGAGCAUAUAAGAAUCAUAAUAGAUGGAAAAUUGAAAUCUUUUUAUAGCACUUCUGUUUCUUUGGGUAUUUUUGACUUUGUUGAGAAGCAAACUUGGAAUAUAGACAGUUGUAUAGACUGUGAUAUUGGACAGAAUUUGUCAUUAAGCAACGAAUCAUGCUAUGAUGAUACUGUUUGGAAAUUUCUUAAAAUAUGCUUGAGGCUUCUGUUAUCACUUUCUGAAAUUACGAAAACAUACCAUCAAAAUUUGAAGGAAUCUAAUCACGAUAGUCCAAAUUUUUUUGGAGUCAACGAUGAAAUGACAAUAACUGGUGUUAUCGAACUUAUAACUGCUUUUGGAAUUAUUCCUAAUUUGUCUCUUGGUGUUGGAUUGCCAUUUAAGUCGAAAACGUGUAAUUUUGGACAUGCUACAAGGAAAAGUUUUAAUCCCAGAAAGUUGUAUUUAAUUUUAAAGGCUAUAUUUGUUACACUUGAAAAUAAAACAUUGAGUUCUGUAAUUUUGUUUAAACUGUGCUCUGAUUUGAUAGCUGCUUUAAUUCAGUUAAAGUUUACACCUGAAAAGUUACUAGAUAGCACAUCGAUAAACUGUCAAUGCUCUGAAUUUGGUAGACGGCUGUGUUCUCCAAAGCUGUGUGUUCACGAAGUGUCAUGGUGUGAAACACAACUAAACAGGUUAUUAACACAAACAUAUCAACCAUUGAUUGUAAAAGAACUUCUGCGCUUACAGAGUUGCUGUAGAAGUAGUGGAAACCGGAAUUGUGGAUGGUUUCUACGUGCUCUAGGUCAAUUCUUGUCACACUGUGUUCUUCAAAAAGAUGGUGUCGUAACUGUGAUAAGAGGUAUUUUAGAUGGCUGCAAUAUAGACACCAUGAGCUGGAAACAGUUUGAAUCAGUUGGGAGGAUCAUCGCGCAUGCUCCAUCACAAUGCACAAGUGUCGAAAAAUACUAUUACAUAGUUUGUCCACAGGUAUUGGAUGCACUGCAAGCAGAAAGCGUAAAUCAGUUUAAACGACAUUCUAAACUUUCUCAAUUUUUUCUUGUUUCUGUUGGUUGCAUCGAAGAAAUGCUUCGUCUGCAAGAGCAACUGACAACAAAACUAAUAUUUAAACCAAUGUUACAUCCUCUAAUGAGGUUAACAUGUAAAGCAAGCUUGGUCACUCUCACUAAAGAUGAAUUAUGGAAAUGUUUGACGUGUGUUUAUUCGCUAUUCAAUUGUUCAAAUGUUAGUGCCAAGUUGUUCAGUAUAUUAGCUAGUGUAGCCCAUCCCUUAUUCACUUUGGUAAACAUACCAAGCGUUGAGAAAUCUUCAAGGCUUUUGGCACAAGAUGUGAUCGUAAACUUAGUUCACAAGUCAAAAGCCACUGAUAGUGUGAAGCUGUUAAACUUGUUUAUGUUUUGGACAAGUGAAGAGAUGCGAAAUACAAGCUCUCUCGAAACGUUGAAAUCUUUAAAAACUCCAUUUAACAUGGUGGACACAAAUGCAAGUAUUAGAUUAGUGGAAAGUUCACAUGCUGCUGAUAUUAUUGUUACUGGCGAAGCAUUUCAAGUUUGUAAUAUAUCAACAGAAAACAAAGUCGAUGUGAUAAUAAAUAUUUUAAAAAGUGAGAAGCUGGAAUGUACGAGAGGUGAUUUUUUUGUCAGCCUGCUGUCACAAUUGUCAGCAGCUACACAAAGAAAGAGGAAGGAAUGUGAGACAUUUGCGGAAACAAGUCAUCGUUCCAAUGAACUUUUGGAAAUCGACAACGUAGUAAAUAAAUUAAAAUAUAAGAUCGAGCUGGUCAGCUUAAUAUCUGCUAUGAUUGACAGUUUUGAGCAUUCGAUUUUGAAAAACACGAUACAAAUUGUGGAUUUCUUAGAGAAUAUUCUCAAUAUGGAUUCUAUUCCUGACAACGCGGAAAUGUUAACUGAUGAUGGUUUUCGUGAGGAAACAGUCGAUCUAGCACUUAUGCUAAUUUCGACUCUGCUUGCCACUGACCAGCUCACUACUUCCGAUUUCGUCAUCCUCAGUAACCUGACAUCGUCAUUGGACAAAAUAUCGCGUUGUCAUAGCAAUAACAGCAGUCGCUCUAUGGCCAAUGAUUUAAAAGUUUUUAUUCUAACUAGAGGAGUAACUAGGCCUGAUGUUGGUGCAUCAAAUCUCAAUGUCGGUGCUACACAUUCUAGGGAUAACGAUCUACGAAGUGAAGCUACUUACAAAAAAGCAAUGAAAGAUUUAAACGACCCACUACUGCCAACUAGAGGACAUGCCUUGAUACUACUUACAAAAUUAUUACAAGAACGUAACGUUUACGCGGUGCGUGAUCACGAGAAGCUAUUGGACAUAUUUCAAACGAACCUGUGUCACGAUGAUUCCUACUUGUAUUUGUCAUCUAUCGAUGGUCUCAUCGCGUUCGUCGACAUUCAACACGAAAAGAUACUUCCGCUUCUGUGUCGUAAAUUUGCACAGUUUCCAGAUGAAGCGAGUAACAACAAUCUAUCCAGUGAAUUGCGUAUGAAAUUAUGCGAAGCAAUUGUUAAAUCCUGUGAAUUGUGUGGAGAAAUGUUGCCCAAGUAUGCCAACCUUUUGCUUUCGUCUUUGAUGACGGGGGUGAAAGAUGAAGAUUGUUUUAUACGAGCUAGUAGUCUGUCUGCCAUGGGUGAUGUGUGCAAACUGUUGAGGUUUUCAAUCGGCGCCAUUAUAACUGAGGUGUUUUCUUGUGUUAGUGCUGUGUUAGCAUCAGACGAAUCUUCUGAUGUGAGAAAAGCCGCUGUGCAGGUGUUUGAGUUACUGUUUAAAGGGUUAGGAGCAAACAUAUUUAAGAUGAUUCCAGAUUCGUUACGAGAUAUCUAUCGACUUUUAAAGAUGGUGCUAUCGAGUGAAACAGAUGACGUCAUCAAAUUACAUGCUGACAACGCAUUAAAUAUUUUGGAUGACAUCAUGAAAGAAAGUUGUUCUUCACAGUCUCAACUUGUAAAAAAGAUUCAGAUCAUUUCGUGAACUAGGGUUUUUGUUGCUACUAUAUUGUACGAAGGAAAAAAAUAUUUUCAAUUAUGAUGUUUUCGAAUA